CAACAAUCCAUCCUCUCCAUUUCUACCCAUCUCUCUAAAUUCUCUUCCCCUUCUUGCCCUCCCCUUCUUUCCGUGAUACCCCUUUCUGUCCCCUGUCACUCACGAUUCUCUCCCCACCAAACCCUAACUUUCCCUCACUCUCCCUCCCUCUGUUACUACCCACUCUAACUAUCUCCCACCAGCCACUCUAAUCCCUCCAGACCACCCUCCUCUAACACCCUCAAUCUCUCUCUCCUCCAGCACUUCCUCCCCUGGCUCUCGGCUCCUCUCUUUAUCAGCUGCUCAUCCGGUGGUUGUGUCGCUCGGAUCUAAAGGACGACACCGGCUUUCUCUGACAACGGUUACUUCCCCUCGUUGAGCUCAGAGACGCAGAGGUUCCUCGACAGGAUGGACGACAGAGAGACAUACACGAUUAUUCAGCUCGUAAAACCAGACUCACCGUCUCCAUCGAGAGCUGCUCAACUGGAGAUUGUUUGUGUCGCUCUGAUGCACAUGUCAGCACAGGCUUCCUCUGUCAACGGUUCCUUCCCCUCGCUGAGCUCAGAAACGCAGAGAAUCCUCGACAGGAUGGACGACAGCGGGGCUUUCAAGAAUGUGAAGUUUACAGAAACUGACUCACCGUCUCCAUCGGGAGAUGAACCUGACGUAUCGUAUGUGGAACUUCAUUUCAAGACCCUCUCUGUUCCUCGGGUCCGGACAAAUGGAGACAGUCUGACCUCCACCUACUCAGAGCUGAAAUUUCGGAAAGACGAACCCCUCAUCGAUGAGGGUUUGGCUCCUCCCAUUGCCUCAGGACCCGGCGAGCUGCUCAUCACUGCACAGACAGAUUCACAGCAUAACUUUCGGAAGGUCGAACCCCUCAUCAAUGAGGACGAGGAUCCUCCUAUUUCCCCGGGACCCGGAGGGAUGCCAACUGCUGCACAAACAGCUGCGCAAGAAAAGGAGAGGAAAGUGAAGAUCGGAAAUAGACCGUACCGUGUGAUCUGCCUACUCUGCCUCGUUACAUCCGCCCUCAUCGUGACAGUGGUCGGUCUCUCGAUCCAUGUGUCACAGAUUCGUCAGUCUAAGGUCACCUCCGACCGAAACUACCAUGAGUUGAACUCAACCCUUCAGUCCGAGCUUUCUGCCCUCAACUCUAACCUGUCCGAUCUUAAACGAAG